UUUCUCGGACGAGGUUAAGUUCAUCGAGUGGUUUCAGGUGUAAGCGCCAUUUAAUCGAGGAUUUCCUCGAGUGACAUGCGGUACUCCCACCCCGCUCGCCGGGAGACCGAGUUCUCUUUCUCUCUCUUUAUCUCCACGAGUGCGACAAGGACGCUCUUAUACGACAAAGUACUUGGUCACUUCCCCUUACCUCCGCCUCGUUUCGCGCCGUCGUCUCAUUGGAUGGUCAUCGUUUACCCUGUGUUUCCGUUGGAGCGGUCGAGAGAAAGGGGCAACAAGAAACGGCUUCUCGCGGGGCCUCGCUGUGAUUGGUCGAGUGCGUCCAUUGACGCGCUCCCAUUGGUUCGCGCCUUUCGGCGGCCAUCUUGGAUCCGCCGUGAUCGCAGCGCUCAGUGCUCUGACGGACGGAGAAGUUUCGGUGUUUUGAACGGCAGCUGACUUUUAUAUGUUUUCGCGAGUAUUGCGGGAUUUGCGGGGGCGCAGCAUCGACUCGGCGCAGUCCGCGAGGACGGACGUCCCGAAGAAUCGCGGCCGACAUUCGAUUCAUGAAAAAUCGCGAGGCCAGGAGGCUUUCCCGUGAUUCUCAGCGAGCUCUUCGCGAGGCAGGCGUCCGUGACGUCAUGUGCUGAACGUCCUCCGUGUGGGCCCGUGUUCUCUCGGUGGUGUGGCGGUCCGUGACACGGAUCACAGGUGCAAUCGCGAAUCCUGAGUACCGUUGAGAAGGAAUCGGGAGGACUGAAAGAGUGGGGACGUCGAAGGGAGAAGGAACCGUCGUGUUUGAAAUAACUAAGGAAUUGGUAGAGCUAUGGAUUCUGAAGAGGAAACGCUGUACGACGAUGUCGACUCGGGCAACGAGUCCAGUGGAGACGACGUGGACUUUGCUAUGGAAAUAGAAUCUGGAAAUCCGAGAGAACGAGCCACCGACGUCGAAGAUUAUCCCUUUGAAGUCCUUUCCACAGAGGAAAUUGUUCAGCACAUGGUAGACUCUAUAAAGGAGGUCAACAUGGUGGUAGAAAUACCUGCCACAACAACCAGAAUUUUAUUGAAUCAUUUCAAAUGGGACAAGGAAAAAUUAAUGGAACGCUUCUACGAUGGGGAUCAAGAAAAAUUAUUUGCCGAAGCGCGGGUGAUUAACCCCUUCAGGAAGGGACCUUUAAUUAAUAGAUCUCGUUCACCACAAAAUUCACUGUCCAGAAGAGCGUCCACAAAUGGAAGGGAAGAGUGCGGCAUUUGCUUCAUGACUUUACCAUCUUCCGUGAUGACCGGCUUGGAAUGUGGACAUCGGUUCUGUAUCGGUUGCUGGAGGGAAUACCUGACCACCAAGAUCAUGGAAGAAGGUGUCGGACAGACUAUCGCAUGUGCAGCACAUGCUUGCGAUAUUUUGGUAGAUGACGCUAGCGUUAUGCGUCUCGUUAGAGAUUCUAAGGUCAAGUUAAAGUAUCAGCAUCUCAUUACCAACAGCUUCGUCGAAUGUAACAGGUUGUUAAGGUGGUGCCCAUCACCCGACUGCAACAAUGCGAUUAAAGUGCAGUACGUGGAGCCAAGACCGGUGACGUGCAAGUGCGGGCAUACGUUUUGCUUUCACUGUGGCGAGAAUUGGCACGAUCCUGUCAAGUGUCAUCUGUUACGCACGUGGAUCAAAAAGUGCGACGACGACUCGGAGACGUCCAAUUGGAUCGCAGCGAACACAAAGGAGUGUCCCAAAUGCAACGUCACAAUAGAAAAGGACGGUGGAUGUAACCACAUGGUGUGUAAAAACCAAAACUGCAAGGCUGACUUUUGUUGGGUGUGUCUCGGUCCCUGGGAGCCCCACGGCUCCAGCUGGUACAACUGCAAUCGGUACGACGAAGAAGAGGCGAAGGCUGCCAGGGACGCCCAAGAGAAGUCGAGGUCCGCUCUGCAGCGAUACUUGUUCUACUGCAACAGAUACAUGAAUCACAUGCAAUCGUUGAAAUUCGAAAGCAAGUUGUACGCGAGUGUCAAGGAGAAGAUGGAAGAGAUGCAACAGCACAAUAUGUCCUGGAUCGAGGUUCAAUUUCUGAAGAAGGCCGUCGACAUACUGUGCUCGUGCAGGCAAACGCUCAUGUACACAUACGUCUUUGCCUACUACCUGCGAAAGAACAACCAGUCCGUGAUCUUCGAAGAGAACCAGAAGGACCUGGAGACGUCGACCGAGUGUCUGUCAGAAUAUCUUGAGAGGGACAUCACUAGCGAAAAUCUUGCCGACAUCAAGCAAAAGGUCCAGGACAAGUACAGAUACUGCGACAGUCGGAGGAAGGUGCUUCUAGAACACGUGCACGAGGGUUACGAAAAGGAAUGGUGGGAUUACAAGGAAUGAAUCAAGGGCUCGUUGGAACACUGUCAACCGACGUGAGUCCUCUUCCUUCUCACCCUUGCCCCCCCCCCCCCAGCUGUGAUAUACCAGAAAAGCUGACAAGAGACAGAAAUAGAGCAGGUCGCCGAGUGUCGGACACACACCCUCGCACCUGACGCCCUUUUUAUUUUACUCCAUCGCGCAUCUUUAACAUGAUAUAGUCUGUGGUAAAAUGCAUCAAAUAAUCGAUACGGCUAACACCUCUCAUUAAAAAAAGAUUGAAUCCUUACGUCAACUGAAGAUUCAAUGGGAAGAGUACUUUUGUGCUUGGCGAGAAUUACAUGCCGACGACCGCGUACCGGAAGAUCGGUGCGUCUUUCGACGUAAAUCCGGUACACGCGUAACGUCCGGGCGUGGUAACGCGACCUCGAACAACUCGGGACGAUCGUCGUCGUUUUAGUUCGUUUCGUCGGGGGAUCACGGUUCAUCAGGAGAGUAUCGUUUGACUGACAAAUUCGACAGAUCUGCUUUUCGUACUUAACGCGUUGCCAGCGGUAGAGAACCGGUGAGUGGUCACAGUCCUUGUCCCCUCUUUAUGACUUCGAGCCGCGCGUUUUCGAUUUAUGCGGUCAUAUCUCUUGUUACCUUUUUUUUUUUGUCUCUGGCCGGCGUUGACACGUAGAUUUUUCCGGAUCGCUAACGGGUGCUCUCCGGUCGGAGGACGGCGUGGAUGGAAAGGGAAAUACCGGAAGGGAAGCCUUCCUAGAGAUUUUCCCUGCCGGCUUGCUCGAGGGCCAACCACUGGUAUCACUGGGCGACCGGCUUGUCCCCAAAUCUCUGCUCUAUUUCGGACAUUGAUACGUCCAGGCUGCUACUGCCAAUCUGUAAGAAAAUAAAAAAAGAAACGAAAGGAAAGGUUUAGUUAAAAUUGCAACGUGCACAUGUCGUCAGUGUUACGUCGAUAUUAAUAAUAAAAUAGACGCACCGGAGAUAUUCGGCCCACUCGAAUGUCGCGUCGCGCGGGGAACGCGGUGAUUUUUUUUUUAAAUUAAUUACGUUAACUACCUCACUACUGUCGACGACUCUUUUUUUUUUCUUUUCUUAGUUAACUUCGAGGUAUCCCUGGGAGGAUGACGGAACGGCUGCGGAUAUUUUAACGUCGAGUGUUGGCAAUUGUAUAUAAGUCGAGACGGACACAGGCUAGAAAAUCGACCUUUAAUCCUCGACCGUUUAACAUUUUAUUAACUCCGACCGCAAUUCACGCCCGCGUACUUUUUUUUUUCUUCUUUCCAAUCGUUCUUUGCUUUCGUUGUUCAACGUAACGUUGACGAUAUGUCCGCCUGUACCGUUAGUGUACGAAGUCAAGGCUAUUGACACUGUGGUGUAACAAUCGGUUAUUACUGUCGCAACGUACGUUGGGAACGAGAUAAGUUCCGUUUGUACAGUUAUAUAGUUAAAUAUAUAUAUAUAUAUAUACAUGUAUACAUACAUAUAUAUAAAUAUGCAAAUAUAUGUAGUAAUAAUGUCGAUAAAUAGCGAGGAUGAAAUUGAGGUAGGACCUUUUGAGAAUUUAUUGAAAUAUAAAAUUGUUGAUUCUUAAUCCGAUGUGGUCACGUAGCGGGGAAGAGCCGCCGUGACCGGAGCUCACUUGUUUUCUGUACAGUCUCGAAAUUUCGAUUAGUAGUAAGGUAAUUAAUUCAUUACUUAUAAUUGCGAAAUUCUAGAUCGUGAGGGCGACCGCUCUUGUAACGAGCGGACUCCACGGUGCGGACCCUAGACGCGAAAUGUUACGUGUAAGUUCGUUUCUCCUUCGUAACGGACCCGCGUUUAAUGUGAUUUUUAAAUAAACGUCGUAACCUUUA